AUGGCUGAGAAUGCAAGCCACAGCCAGGAGAUAGAAGCGGGCGAGGAGAGUGGUAUAGCGGAGCCCGACCAGGACCAGGAGCGGUCAAAGGAGCCGACGACAGAGCGAGAUCAGAAGGCAGAGCACACACAGCACGCAGCAGACAAUGAUAGCAUCAGCAAUACCACCAACGACAGCACCAGUAAUACCACGAACGGCACCACCACCACGACGACCACCACAACGAAUGCCGCCUUGCAAGCGCAACUGUCCGCUCUUCAAAGCGACAAGAACAAGCUCGAAGCACAAUACCGGAGUCUAUUAGGCAAGUUAUCGAGUAUGCGCGAUACGCUCGGGUCGAAGCUCCAAGAAGACGCCGAGGAGCUAGACCGGCGCGAGGCACAGAUAGCGGAGCUGCAGACGGGGCUAAAUGUGGAGCAAGAGCGAGCGUCAACAGCUGAGCGGCAGCUGCGGGAGGAAGAGGACCGCAGUGCCGGUCUAGCGAGUGAAGUGGGAGUAUUGCGCUCGCGUAUCUCCUCUGCGGACAGAACGGCUCAGGAGGCGGCAGAGGCGGGCGCCCAUGAGUCUGCUUCCCUUCACCGGAGACUACGCGAGAUGGAGGCUCAUCUCGAUCGCACUAAGGCUGAGAAAGAACAUUGGCAAGCUCUCGCUGAUGAGGAGCACUUCAGAGCUGAGCAAGCAGAAGAGGCAGGCAGUGAGGCUCACCUGCUCCUCGACUCGCGCACGAAGGAGUUGGACGCGGCGGGCGUUAAACUCGCUGAUUGCUCAGCAGCUCAAAGGAACGUUGAAGGUCUCCUUAGUGAGGCGCAGAUGGCUAAUCAGAAGGAGUUUGACGAGAUGAAACAUCACUAUGAGGCUCAGAUACGUGGAUUAAUGGAGAAGAGUGAAGAUGACGCGCGACAAGCGGCAGAUGCCAAGGCCAGUUUAGAGAUAUUCAGACAAGACGCUGAGCGGACACCUGGGCUGGAGCAGGAGAGCAAAGAGAAGACGCUUCUAAUAGGGAAAGUGAGGCAUGAGGCUGUCAUUCUCAAUGAACAUCUCACAGAAGCACUGAAGAGACUGAAAGAAUACAACACGUCAGACAGCGUGGAUCGCCAACUAAUAUCGAACAUCCUCCUCCAGUUCGUCACAACGCCGAGAAGCGACGGGAAGCGAUUUGAGAUGCUCACUUUGCUCGGGUCGAUACUGAAUUGGAAUCAGUAUGAGAGAGAGCAAGCGGGAAUUGUCAGAGGUGGUAGUGGAAGGUAUAACAACCCAUCUCUACCGAGCUCACCGUCAUCGAGCUACUUGAAUAGCGCUUUUCGCAGCCCCGCGAACCACGAUAACGCUUCGUUCGGCCAGCUGUUUGUAGAGUUCCUGCUGAAUGAGGCGGGUGAUGCACACGAAGAGACAGAGAAAGAAGAAAAGGAUAUAGGAAAACGUCCAAGAGGAUCAAGUCAUGUAGAGCGAAGAGAGAAUGAAUAA